GCCCGCCUAUCGCCUCACUUCCUUUUCCAGCUGACCCUCGUUAGUACUUUCCCGCAAUGCCGGAGCCUGCGAAAUCCGCUCCCGCGCCCAAGAAGGGCUCCAAGAAGGCGGUCACCAAGGCCCAGAAGAAGGAUGGCAAGAAGCGCAAGCGCAGCCGCAAGGAGAGCUACUCCAUCUACGUGUACAAGGUGCUCAAGCAGGUCCACCCCGACACCGGCAUCUCGUCCAAGGCCAUGGGCAUCAUGAACUCCUUCGUCAACGACAUCUUCGAGCGCAUCGCCGGCGAGGCGUCGCGCCUGGCGCACUACAACAAGCGCUCCACCAUCACGUCCCGGGAGAUCCAGACGGCCGUGCGCCUGCUGCUGCCCGGCGAGCUGGCCAAGCACGCCGUGUCCGAGGGCACCAAGGCCGUCACCAAGUACACCAGCUCCAAGUGAGGCCCGCCAGGGUCGCGGCGCUCCCAGGAGUAGCCGGCUGCUUGACUCCAAAGGCUCUUUUCAGAGCCACCCA